CAAGUUACUUGGACAGUCAGAAGCACUAUAACCACGUUUUCAUUUCCUAUUGCAGAUGUUGUUUCUUUAGCUUCACCCAAAGAAAACCCAUGUCAGAAACACAUCUUGCUCUUCAACAUCUCUAUUCCACGGUAUGAGGAAAUCACCAGAGCUGAACUGAGAAUUCAUAUCUCCUGUCACAGGGAAGCUGGGUCUCUCUCUAGGCUGGAAGGCAACAUGGUCAUUUAUGAUGUUCUAGACGGUGAAAACCCAGAAAGUACCAAAUCUUUCCUUGUCUCCCACCACAUCCAGAAGUGCGGUUGGAAGAUGUUUGAAGUCUCCAGAGCUGUGAAAAGAUGGGUUAGGGCAGACAAACUGAAGACUAAAAACAAGCUAGAGGUUGUUAUAGAGAGUAAGGCUGUGGGUGGUUUCACUUGUGGGAAGCUGGAUAUCAGUGUUGCCCCUGACUCUAAAAAUCUGCCCCUGUUAAUAGUGUUCUCCAAUGACCGCAGCAAUGGGACUAAAGAGACCAAAGUGGAGCUCCGGGAGAUGAUUGUUCACGAACAAGAAAGCAUGCUAAGGAAAUUAGGAAAGAACAGCACUUCAUCAGAAGAGGAGGAACAGGGGGAGCAAAAGACCAUCACUGGACCUCACCAUUCCUCCAGAAGCAAGAGAAGCAUUGGAGCCAACCACUGCAGGAGAACUUCUCUCCAUGUGAACUUUGAAGAGAUUGGCUGGGAUUCCUGGAUCAUUGCACCAAAAGAUUACGAGGCUUUUGAGUGUAAAGGAGGUUGCUUCUUCCCUCUGACAGAUAACGUUACCCCAACAAAACAUGCUAUUGUCCAAACUCUGGUGCAUCUCCAAAACCCUAAAAAAGCUUCCAAGGCUUGUUGUGUUCCAACCAAACUGGAUUCAAUCUCCAUUCUUUACAAGGAUGAUGCCGGUGUGCCCACUUUGAUAUAUAACUAUGAAGGGAUGAAAGUGGCCGAAUGUGGAUGCAGGUAGCAUACAAGGCAGAAUCUCUUAGAACAAAAAUACCCACUUUUUCUGCUCUGUGCAAAUCUGUACAUUAGUAAUGCAAAUGAAAAUCCUUGCAAACAAGGUUUGGAGCAGUGUAUAGGGCUGGUUGUUGCUGCUGCUGGUUUUAAAGGAAAACUGGCAUUAAAAGCAUAGCAAUCAUUGUAAAUAGCCUGCAUUCUAUAUCAUGGCAACGUGAAUACUAGAUUAAAAUAUUGU